AUGUCAUUGUGAUAUAGUCUCCAAUAUACACAUUAUAAAGCUUUAUAUAUAUAUAUAUAUAUAUGCAUAUGCGCUCAUUAGAAUUUUAGCUAGAAUUAAUUUAGUAUAUAUAUGCUUUUGGUACUAGUAGUUAGUGCGCUAAUGGAUUCCAAAAUCCAUACACAAUUGAUCAUUCUCUUCCUUGUUCUUUUGUCUGAAACUGUAAUCUUGAAAUCCCACUCAUGGAGUAGUUUGGAGAGAUCUGACUCAGACUUCAACAAUUGGGUAUCAUGGAACGUCCGAAAUUAUCAGAAGAAAACCGCAUUGGAAGCAGAAAUGACAAUGGCCAAAUUAGGAAACCGACCUUCAGGAAAGUUGAAGAAGAUUGAUGUGAGGCUGAGGAAGGCUGAGCUGAACAAGAUGAGUAUAAGUGUGAGACAAGAUGGGAGUGGUGAUUUUGCAAAUAUCACGGACGCUCUCAUUAGUAUUCUACCACGAAACAAUAGGAGAGUCACAUUGAUGAUCGGACCAGGUGUUUACAGGGAAAAGAUUUUGAUCCCUAGAACUCUGCCUUUUGUUACAUUGUUAGGUACCAAUGCCAGCGACCCGCCGACCAUCACUGGGAACGACACAGCCUCAGGGUCUGGUAAAGAUGGUAGGCCAUUGAGGACGUUUCAGAGUGCAACUGUUGCCAUCGAAGCUGAUUAUUUCAUUGCCGUCAAUGUCAAAUUUGAGAACACAGCUCCACAUACGGUUGGAAGACGCGGAGAACAAGCUGCGGCAAUUCGCAUAUCAGGGACGAAGGCAGCGUUUUAUAACUGCAGUUUCUAUGGAGCUCAAGAUACGCUUUAUGAUCACAAGGGCCUUCACUAUUUCAAUAACUGCUUCAUCCAAGGCUCCGUGGACUUCAUUUUCGGCUAUGGCAUGUCCCUUUACGAAAAUUGCUACUUGAAUUCAAUGGCGAAGAAGGUGGCUUCCCUCACAGCACAAAAGAGGACAAAUUCAACAAUGGCAAGUGGGUUUUCGUUUAAAGAUUGUGUUGUGAGAGGACGUGGGCAAGUUUAUCUUGGAAGAGCAUGGGGAGACUAUUCCAGGGUUGUCUUUUCUUACUCAUUCAUGGAUAACAUUGUUCUACCCCAAGGCUGGAGCGAUUGGGGUGACCAAAAUCGCCAUCUGAAAGUGUAUUAUGGAGAAUACAAGUGCGGUGGUCCAGGAGCCAACUUAAGCGGAAGAGUUCCAUGGGCUCGAGCGCUGACGGACGAAGAGGCCAAACCCUUUAUUGGGACUUACUACAUUGAUGGUGAUUCUUGGCUCAUUACCCCUUCAAAAUUAAUUAACCAUUAAGCUGUCUAAGCCUUGCUCUAUCAAUUACGUCUGUAAUUUUCCCAGAUUUAUUCAAUAUUUUAAUCCAAA